GAGGCUGCAGACUUUCGGCGCACAGAGGAAGAGGAGAGGAGGAAGAAGAGGCAGAGAGAGAGGAGUCUUCAUCUUCGCCAUUUCAAUCAUGACUCUUGAAGACGGCCUCUGAAAUUCUGUUUGGUGCAAAGACUCUUCAGCUCCAUGACCAGCGCUACGCCCACCUCUCAGCAGAUGGAGGUGAAUGUGGUUAAAAAACGCCAUCGCACAAGAUCCAAAGGAGUCAGAGCCGCUGUGGACGCAGUAACACAGGAGCUCUUCAGCUGUCCCACUCCGGGCUGUGACGGCAGCGGUCAUGUCAGCGGGAAGUACGCCAGACAUCGCAGCAUCUACGGCUGCCCGCUGGCCAAGAAGAGGAAGGCUCUGGAAAAACAGCCGCUGGAGCCGGCUGCCAAAAGGAGGCCCUUCCUCACCUCCUGCCCGGGAGAGGAGGAGGAAGAGGAGGACGACGCCAGAGCUUACGCCGGCUACCAGAACGACGCCAUGGAGGUGGGGCUGGAGGGGAAGGAGCAGGGAGAAGUAGUGGAGGAGGACGAGGAGGAAGAGGACGGAGAGAGAGAAGAGGAGGAGGAUGGGGAUGGGGAGGACGAGUUCUCAGAGGACAACGAGGAGCAGGGAGAGGACGAGGAGGAGGAGGAGGAAGAGGAGGAGGAGAUAGAGCAGGCGGAGGAGGAAGAGGAGGAGGAGGAGGAAGACGUGGAGGACGGUGAUGACGAGGAGGAGCAGGAGGACGACGGAGAAGAUGAGGAGCAAGAAGAGGAGGAGGAAGAGGAGGAGGAGGAGCCGAAUCGACAGCAUGUAGAGAACCACUACAAACCCAGUGGACAAUCAAAGCUCCUUCCCAUCCAGAAGGACGACAACAACAACAACAGCUGCACCAUCGGAGCCGGAAACGCCACCGGAGAGGAGUACGAGAACUACGACGAGCUGGUCGCCAAGUCGCUCCUCAACCUGGGAAAGAUCGCAGAAGACGCCGCUUACCAGGCCAUGACGGAGUCAGAGAUGAACAGCAACUCUUCUAACAGCGCGGGAGAAGACGACGACGACGACGAUGACGACGGCAGCGACCAGGGCGACAGGAAGGGUGAGCUGAGCGUGGAUCUGGACAGCGAUGUGGUCAGGGAGACGGUAGAUUCCCUGAAGCUCCUGGCGCAGGGUCACGGCGCCAUGCUGCCUGAGGAUGGCUACCCAGAAGGCACCAUGGUGGACGAUGGCAGCCACGCUAACGGGAGGAUCAGGGUUCAGGCGGACGAGAGCGAGGAGGAGGUGUGUCUCAGCAGCCUGGAGUGUCUGAGGAAUCAGUGCUUCGAUUUGGCACGUAAACUGAGCGAAACACAGACGUCUGAUCGGCCCUCCCAGCACGCCCAGCACGCCCAGCACACCCAGCACGCCCUCCACCACCACCUCCAAAACCCAACAGAGCAGCAGCUGGUACAUCACCUGAGCAGGUACGACAGCUGUCAUCAGGAUGCCCAGGGAGAGCCCAGGUCUCUGGAGCGCAGCUACUCAGACAUGGCUAACCUUAUGAAGCUGGAGGAGCAGCUGAGCCCGGCGUCCAGAGGUUAUCCGACCAGCUGCAGCCAGGAGGGCGACGAGGACACCACGUCUGUGGCGUCCGAUCGCUCAGACGAGACCUUCGACAUGGCUAAAGGAAACCUGUCGCUGCUGGAGAAGGCCAUCGCCCUGGAAUCGGAGAGGGCCAAGGUCAUGAGGGACCGCAUGGCCUCAGAGCACACGUUUCCUCGCCGGGAUCAUCAUCAUCACCAUCGCAGCCAUGGCGAGCACAGCCCGAGGCUGAGCAGCGCCGCCGAGGAGCGCAAGUCCAGGAUGCACCACGACGGGUUAAAGAGGGCGUACUACCCUAAAGAUUCUUCCAGGGGGGAGAAGAAGGAAAGUAAAUGUCCGACGCCGGGUUGUGACGGAACCGGUCAUGUAACGGGUCUGUACCCUCACCACCGCAGCCUAUCGGGGUGUCCCCACAAAGACAGGGUCCCGCCUGAGAUCCUUGCCAUGUAUGAAAAUGUUUUAAAGUGCCCCACUCCUGGCUGCUCUGGACGGGGUCAUGUCAAUAGCAACAGGAACUCGCACCGCAGUCUGUCCGGUUGUCCCAUCGCUGCCGCAGAGAAGAUGGCGAAGGUCCACGAGAAGAGCCAUCCGAACGACACCGGCAGCAAGUCCAAUCAGACGUCAGACCGUGUCCUCAGGCCGAUGUGUUUCGUCAAGCAGCUGGAGAUCCCUCAGUACGGCUACAAAAACAACGUUCCUACCAGCACGCCGCGGUCCAACCUGGCCAAGGAGCUGGAAAAAUAUUCCAAGACCAGCUACGACUACACUGGCUACGACAACCAGCACGGCGGCUACGGGAAAAGAGGCCCGUCAAGCAAGUCCCACCAUGGACGGGACACCUCUCCGAAGGGCUACGAUGCCAAACGCUACUGUAAGACAUCGAGCCCGGCGAGCAGUACGACCAGCAGCUACGCUCCCAGCAGCAGCAGCAGCCUGAGCUGUGGAGGAGGAGGCGGAGGGGGAGGAGGCGGAGGAGGCGGAGGGGGGAGCAGCGCCAGCAGCACCUGCAGUAAGAGCAGCUUCGACUACACCCACGACAUGGAGGCGGCGCACAUGGCCGCCACGGCCAUCCUCAACCUGUCGACGAGGUGCAGGGAGCUCCCGCACGCUCUAGGAGGGAAACCCCAGGACCUGCUGACACAGAUCUCAGCAGUCAACUUGAGUCCGGUUGGCGACAUGGAUGACAGCGGUGCCGUGGACGUUGCUGGUCAGCCCGGCGGUCCGGAGGGCAGCGGGACAGUAUUGACCCCCCUGCAGCCAAUGUCGCCCCAGCGUCAGGCUCUGCUCAGCAGCCGCUGCUACCAGCUGAGCGACACGGACUGCUGGGAUCUGUCCGCCGAUUACACCAAGAUCAAACGCCUGGGAGACGAGCAUGACCACAAGGAGUCUGCUUAUUUCUCGUCCUUUCACCAGAGCGACGAGCUGGACCCAUUCCAGGAGCUGCUGGACGAGCAGCGAUACCCAGCCGAGGUCACCAUGCCCAGCCCCAAACACCACAAGUACCCGCCGUGCAAGGAGGGAAAGAAGGAGCUCAUCACGUUGUCAAGCUGCCAGCUAGCCGACAAAAACAUCCGCGGGAUGAUGGCGGCAAACUCACAAGAGCUCAAGUGUCCGACUCCGGGCUGCGACGGAUCAGGACACAUCACGGGAAACUACGCCUCCCACAGGAGUCUGUCUGGUUGUCCCAGAGCCAAAAAGAGUGGCAUAAAAAUCCUCCACAGCAAAGAAGACAAGGACGACCAGGAGCCAAUCAAGUGUCCAGUACCUGGCUGUGACGGUCAGGGUCAUGUGACAGGGAAGUACGCUUCCCAUCGCAGUGCGUCAGGCUGCCCCCUGGCUGCAAAGAGGCAGAAGGACAGCUACGUCAACGGCUCACAGUUUGUCUGGAAAUCUGGAAAGACGGAUGGGAUGACCUGCCCGACCCCGGGCUGUGACGGCUCGGGACACGUCAGCGGGAGCUUCCUGACCCAUCGAAGUCUGUCCGGUUGUCCCCGUGCCACCUCAGCCAUGAAGAAAGCCAGGAUGAGCAGCGUGGACAUGCUGACAAUCAAGCAGAGAGCGAGCAAAGGCAUCGAAAACGAUGAAGAAAUCAAACAGCUGGAUGAAGAAAUCAAAGAUCUGAACGAGUCCAACAAUCAAGUGGAGUCAGACAUGAUCAAACUGCGAACACAAAUCACAACCAUGGAGACCAACCUGAAGUCCAUCGAGGAGGAGAACAAGGUGAUCGAACAGCAGAACGACUCGCUGCUGCACGAGCUGGCCAACCUCAGCCAGUCCCUCAUCAACAGCUUAGCUAAUAUCCAACUUCCACACAUGAGACCGCUGCCACAGAAAGAGGCCCCAGUAAAGCAUAACUGCUGUUUACAGAUGCCUCCCAGAGAGCCAAUGAAUGAACAGAACUUUGACACUUAUGUGAGUACACUGACAGACAUGUACACUCACCAGGACCAGUACCAGAGCCCGGAGAACAAGGCGCUGCUGGAGAACAUCAAACAGGCGGUUCAGGGCAUCCAGGUGUAGCCCUACCUGAGGCCCUGACGACAAAUGCAAAGCAAAAACAACAUAGGAAGAGAAACGGAGGGGAAAAGGUUGUUAUUUGCUGCUGUAAUCUACCAUUUAGUUUCGUCUGCUGUUCUCCACUCCAUGAGUAUCUUUGAUUUUUAUUUUUGAUUGUUGCCUUGCUUUCAGAAGUUUUAAGGAACAUUCACGUUUUGUACAUUUUCAUAUGAUCUGACAUAAUGUGAUGUACUGUUUAUAGCUGCUAAUGUAUGCACAUUCUAGUGUAUUUAUUUAUUUAUUUAUUGUAAGCUUGAACCUUUUUUUAUCUCAUUGUGAUUUACAUGCAUCAAACUGGGCGUCACGGGUUUAAAGGGGAGCAGAGCGGCGGCUAACGAAGGUUAACGUGAAGAGCAAUCAUUUUCCAACAAAAGCUUUUCUCACGAGCCGUUUAACGGACGUAAACUCCUUUUUUUCAAAUGUUUGAAAGUGACCUGUGAGCCACUUUUUGCUGUACAUUUAAACUACGAGAAGAAGAUUUCAAACAUCAUGACACGGAAACCAACCGGUGCAAAUCUACAACAGAGUAUUAGGGUCAC